CGUAUUGUUGCAUAUUUUCCUUAUAAGAUACAGUUAUUGAUAUCCACAUUAACAAAACGUUAAAUCGUAUUUCAUAUACACGUGAUUUUUUUUCUUUAAAUAAGUGCUAUUACGGUGUAAUUGAUGAAAAACUAGCAAAGUGAACCUUUAUCGCUAAUUUUGUUAAAGGGGUGCAGAAAAGUUUUCUGUUGUUCGUUAAACAAUGGAUAAAAACAACCAACAUAACUCUCCGGAUACCUCGGAGUCUAAUUUUACAAAAAGCGCAGAUAGUUUCUCCACAAAUUCUGGAAAUUUCGAAAAUGGGGCAUUUUCUAAAUGCAGGAGGACCAAAUCGAUGUCAAAUGUAGAUUGUUAUUCUCCAACGGAAAUUAGGCGAAUCAAGGAACGAUUAUUAAGGACUAACUCUCACCUCCAACCCUCAGCGAUUCGAAGUUUUACAGGAGUUCAAAAGAUGACCUUAGCGAUGCUUUCAUUGGUAGAUUUUUUCUGUUUUUGUUCGAUGUCAAUUAUGGCGCCAUUUUUUCCAAAAGAAGCAGCGGAAAAAGGGUUAAGCGAUACCGUGUCUGGCAUAGUGUUUAGUUUUUAUGCCCUCGUGAUGUUUGUUUCAUCACCCGUGUUUGGAAAAAUCCUUCCCAAAUUUGGAGCAAAAUUCGUGUUUUUAUUUGGAAUGUUUGUGGCGGGAGCCUGCAAUCUCCUCUUCGGUAUGUUAGAGUACGUUACAGACUAUACCCUAUUUACGACUUUAUGCUUAAUUAUUAGAGGAUUUGAGGCUUUAGGCUCGAGCGCUUUUUCAACGGCUAGUUAUGUGUUUGUUGUCAACACCUUUCCAAAUAAUAUUGGUGCCGUUAUUGGCAUUCUGGAGACUUUUGUAGGACUGGGGAUGAGUACUGGACCAGUUCUGGGUGGCUUUCUCUAUUCGCUCGGUGGUUUUGACUUACCAUUCUUUGUUCUUGGAGUGAGUAUGAUCGCAAUUAUACCGCUUAACAUGUGGCUUUUACCUAAAGUUGAAGAUGUGGAGAAUAUAACAAGCAAGAAGACGACGGUAUUCAAACUAAUAAAGGUUCCAGCCGUCUUUGUUACUGGCUUAGUUGUGGUAGUAGUCUCCAGCAGUUGGGCCUUUCUGGAUCCAACUCUAGAACCUCAUUUGAGACAGUUCCAUCUAUCACCGGAAAAAAUCGGUUUAAUUUUCCUGCUAUUUUCCGGACUGUAUGGCUUGUCCAGUCCGGCGUGGGGUUGGCUAGCUGACAAAAUCAAUAAUCAUUGGUCCAUGAUGGUCAUGGGACUGAUUUUGUCUACUAUAGGUUUGCUUCUUUUAGGACCUUGUCCUUAUAUUCCAGGCCUUAAAAGCUCGCUUUGGCUAAAUUUGUUUGCUCUAUCAAUACUAGGGGUGUCAGUAGCAUUAGCUUUAAUGCCAACCUUCCAAGGAGUUCUAAAUAGUGCAAUUCAUGGCGGUUGCAGCGAUACCAUAAUGACGUACAGUGUAGUCGCUGGUAUCUGGUCUAGUAUGUACUCUCUCGGAGAAGUUCUAGGGCCUGCGCUAGGAGGGCUUUUGCUCCAAUACUAUGGAUUUCCUAUGUCAGCUACUGUUAUGGCUGCGGCAACAUUUUUAACUGCGAUAAUGGCAUUCUUCUUCUUCUUAUGUAAAUCGACGUGGCACGACACUGGUAUGUCUGAAACGCCAUCUGGAAACAGCGACACGAGCGACACCUGGCGGUUAAGUGUGAGUAGCGAAACUAGCAACGAUUCCACCCCACUCCUAAUGUCGCAGAUAGGCAGCAGUUACCGUUCGUAUACGGAAGAAAAGGUGCAGUACUUUGAAAAGAGUCGCAGAGAAGAAAAUGAGAGUGGCGAAUUAGACUACAAUCAGGUAACGGAUGUGCGUGGUGUAGUCAGUAUUACUUCUAAAGGAGCUUGUGAAGUCUAGCUUAAAGUUUAGGUUUAGGAGCUUUUUGAAGAAAUACACUUUUUGUAUAAAAAAUA